AUGAUUUUGAAAAUAAUAAUUUUGGCAUUAAUUUUUUCAACUUCUUGUGAAGCAUAUAAAAGUUACGAAAAUUAUAGAGUGUACAAAAUAAUCCCAAAAACAAAAGAACAUGUGGACAUUUUAACCGAUUUACGUAAAGGAGAGUAUUAUUUCUGGUCAGAUGUUAUAAAAAUCGCUAGUGAUGUUCGAAUUAUGGUGCCACCAGAUAAAGUUGCAGUAUUUGUUAAAUAUACAACAAGUGUUGGGUUAGAACCAGUUUUGACAAUAUCUAACGUUCAAGAACUAAUACGUGCUCAAUUGGAACCUUCUAAGAAUACAAAAAGUAGCUUCUUGGGCUCUUUUGAUUGGGAUGGAUACCAUAAAUUAGAGGAUAUUAACGCUUGGCUUGAUGAAUUGCAAAAAAAUUACCCUGGCAUUGUUACAACAGUUGAUAUCGGGCAAUCUAAUGAAGGUAGAACUAUAAAAGGGGUUAUAAUUGACUUCAAAGCUGGUACGCGGGGUGACAAGCCUUUAACGGGAAUGAUUGAAGGUGGAAUUCAUGCAAGAGAAUGGAUAUCACCAGCAACUGUUACAUGGAUUAUUAAAGAAUUCUUGACUAGCCAAGAGCCUGAAGUUAAAUCAAUGGCAGAAACAUUUGUUUGGCAUAUCUUCCCUGUUAUUAACCCCGAUGGGUACUCUUAUACCUUCACUGAAAACCGAUUGUGGAGAAAAAAUCGCAAUCUUCUUUAUAACCCAAAUUGCACAGGAGAUUGGGAUUUGGGUAAUGGAAUCGAUCUAAAUAGGAAUUAUGAUUUUUUAUGGGGAACAAUCGCUGCAACAACACACGCUUGCGAUGAGAUCUACGCUGGACCCUCUCCAGCAUCAGAACCCGAAACUAAGGCCAUUGUGGAUUACGUUCUGAAUUUAAAGGAAACUAGCAACUUCAUGUAUUACUUAGCUUUCCACUCUUACUCUCAAAUGAUUUUAGUACCCUACAGCCACUUGUACGGAACCGACGUUUUUGAAUUGGAAAACUAUAGCGAUAUAUUCGAGAUUAGUUACCUCGGCGCACAGAAGCUGAAGCAGAAAUACGGCACAGAGUACAGGGUCGGAACAUCAGCGGACAUUUUGUAUGCUGUAUCUGGAGCCAGUUUCGAUUGGGUCAAAUCAGUAGGUAAUGCUAGCAUUGCUGCCCUGUUUGAACUACGAGAUAAGGGCGACUUUGGAUUCCUCUUACCAAGCAGCCAAAUAAUACCGAACAAUGAGGAAAUCAUGGAUUGCUUAGUGGAAAUGGAUAAACGGGCUCGGGAAUUUGGUUAUUACUCUAGUUCCGUAUCUGUGUAUUACUCUGUAAUUCCUUUAAUUAUAAAUCUUCUGUUGCUUGUAAUUUGUCAGUAG